AUGGUGAACUACGACAAGAAUGUUCAAGGCGCCAAGCGCGAACAGGCCCGUCAGGCGCAUGAGGCAAAAGUGAAAGCAAAGCAGGACAAGGAAGCUGCCAGACGCGAAGCAGCCAAAGCCAAAAGAGAUAGGCAGCUCUUGGAAUCAAUAGCUGAGCAGAUCGAUCAGUCAGAAGAACAUGCCUAUGGACAGGUAUACAGCGAGCUUUGUCACGAGGAUGAGCCACCUUCGGUCGUCGACCCGCAGGUUUUGAAUUUCCUCGCCAGCCACACGGACAUCAACGUCCAAGGUGGUGGUGAGAGGUUAGCAGAUGCUUUGAGGCAAGUUCUUGCACCAGCAGAGGACACACUCCAGUUUCCACAGUUCUUAGAACUGCUACGAGAGAAUGCAGUUGCUGAUAGCACAGCUGUGUCUAAAUUCCUCGAGACAUGCCGGGGCCAUGACUCUGUGGCAAAGACCGAAUGCGCAGCUCAUGCUUUGCACGUGGCUCAAAAGAUGGUCAGCAUCACUUUUGAAAAGGAGAAGUGGGAUGUCCUUCUUCAAGCUGUUAUGCGAGACAUGGAGCACAUGCUUAGCUUACAGGACUUUGUGCAGAUCUGCAAGAAGCUUUCCAGGUGCGCCCGUUUGCUGCAGUUCUUGGAGGUUGAAGCACAGGAGGACCUUCCAGCCCUUUCUGGCAAAGGUUUGAAGCAGUGGAAGGCCCUAAGCGAAGAUAUCUCUGCCAGAUUGCAGCAGCAGCCAGGGCUAAGAGGUCCGCGCCAAAGCCCCCAAGAGAUCCAAGAGCCAUUCCUCUCAGAGCAACUGGAGGCCAUCGCUGAAUGCAGCCCAGAAGGUGCUGACAGCACAGCGAAAUGUGAUCUGUGCAAAGCUGGCAUUUGCGCUUAUCACACGCAGCGUGCACCUGCAAAAGGCCCAGGUUCAAAAAACGCUGCACAAGUUCGAGUGCCGCCCAGCAACAAGUUGGAGGCCCGACAAGGCUUGGAGGAGGCGAUGACAAGCCUGGCUGACUUGGUGCUGCAGCUGGAGGAUGCCAUUCUGGAAGCAUUUGAUGCUGGCUUGGAGGAAGACGAACUCUUACCAGCCUUCAAACGUUUGGAGGAGUUGCGCGGCUGGAGAGACAGAGAAGUGCGAUGA